AUGCCGCCGCGUCGUGCUAGUCCACAACGCCCCUGUAAAGACGCUUCACACGUAUUCGACAAGGACGACAUUCUUGAUCGCUGGUACAAUCCGAACGCGUCUGACAGAACUUUCUGGGUUCCCUGCAAAGAUCAACCUUGCGCUAAUCGAGAAAAUCGUCCUCUUGGCCAGUGUGACAAACCUUGGGCCGCUCACGUUGAUCAGUUGCAACUCACGCUCAUUGCCAAUCGCGGUAACACCCCCUCUUCCUCGACUGUUGUCCUCCCAAACACCCCACCUUCCGGCAAUCCACCUGUCUCCCGGUCCACUAUGCCGAGUGUGGCUGACACGAUCCACAAGGCGUUUGGAUCUGUGCCUACGCUCAAGGCAGACGGCACGAACUACCGCACAUGGGUUCAGCGCAUCAACUUCGCCGCACUCGGAUGCGCGUGCAAAGCGCUGUUAACUGCAACACCCAUUCCGUCCGACAAGGAGGAAGAAGCGAACGCGUUGCUGGCAGCCAUUGCGGGUAAGCUGCCCGAUUCCAUCUUCAUGAACAUCUCGGGCACUGCAAAGGUUCCCAACGACAUCAUCAAUGCUAUGAAGACCCGCUUCGGGCAGACUACUGCCGUGUCCGAGGCAAGCGCCCAGAAGCGCCUGUUCUCGUUGCAUUGCGAUAAUGAGAAGAAGAUGCAGGAGCAUCUGGAUUGUCUUCUCGCGCUUAAAGAGGAGAUCACGGAGGCCGGAAUUACCAUCGAGGAUAAGACUUUCACGGACGCCGUUAUCGCCUCUGUACCAGCCUCGUAUAUGUCUAUCGUUCAGGCAUACGAGUCUUCCAUUCAUGUCUACAAUGCCACUAAUCCUGCAACUAAGCGGGUGGUCAAGUCGACCGAGCUUCUCCCGCUAUUGCGUGCGGAAGCGCAGUCCCGCAUGAGCAUUGCACGGUCGAAGCCGAAAGAGGAAGUUGCAGCAGCGAUUGACUCUUGUGGCAGGCGCGGCAAGGGCAGAGGCCGCGGCGGCGCUAAGACCGGCAGCGGUGCUGGUUCGAGGCAAGGACAAGCCACUACGGACGCAAAUAUUACUUGCUUCAAGUGCUUAGGGAAAGGGCACCGGGCCAAUGUUUGCCCGUCGAAGCAGCAGGUCAAGAAGACCGGCAACAGCGCGAAUGUCGCGCAAGGAGCUUCUUCAUCCUCUGGAGACAGCAGGGGCACAUCUUCGGGCACCGCCAAACCUCCCGCAACAAUCGCAGCCAAGAUUGUUGAGAUCGAGGAGGGCUGGAUGACCUCCAACGAAGGCUUGAUGGCCGACCAGAGCAUUGACGAGGGCCUCACAACCGCGUACAACACCAUGGUCGAUGUCUACGACUCCGGUGCGACGAACCACAUGACACCUUACCGCCAUCUCAUGUUCAACUACCGCGAUAUCCCUGAGCGGAUGGUGCUCGCUGCGGGAAAGACUUCGUUUGCUGCUCGCGGCAUUGGUGAUAUGAGAAUUGUGGCUCCUCUUGGUGACACA